CGACGCUGACUAAAAUCACCUUUCACAAACUGUAGCAACAGAAACUCAUUUAUUUUUUACAGAAGCACUUUUUAUUAUUUUGGCUGCAUUCAGUGUGACGUCGCUCCUUUUUUAUUCCCUAAUAAGGGCAGCUACUAAUCAGCAUCUGGCGCUUUAAUUAAAUCUAACAAACAUAUGAUAUAAAUCAGCUGUAGCUAUUAGCUCACUGCUUCUGACGUCGCUUUGAGUUUCAUAGCUUGUGUUUUUUUUUUAAUUUAGGUGACAACUUUUUAUUUUUUUAGUGACUCUAAAACAACAACAGCAACAACAACAUCAUGUCGGAUGAUUAUGAAUUCAGUGAAGACCCGACCCCGACUAGGAUGGAGGAGGACGGAGAGGCCAACAGCGACGACCCGAUGUCUGCAGCCGGGGACUGCGGCCCAACGGGGGGCGAGGCCGAGGGCUCGAGGAUAGACGCCAGUAAGAAUGAAGAAGAUGAAGGGAAAAUGUUUGUUGGAGGUCUCAGUUGGGACACGACUAAGAAGGACCUGAAAGAUUACUUCUCUAAGUUUGGGGAGGUUGUAGACUGCACUUUAAAACUGGACCCGAUGACCGGCCGCUCCAGGGGCUUCGGCUUCGUGCUCUUCAAAGACGCCGAAAGUGUUGACAAGGUUGCCACACAGAAGGAGCACAAACUCAACGGGAAGGUCAUUGACCCCAAAAAAGCCAAGGCCAUGAAGAGCAAGGAGCCUGUAAAGAAGAUCUUUGUCGGCGGUCUCUCUCCAGACACUCCUGAAGAGAAAGUCAGAGAGUACUUUGGUGCCUUCGGAGAGGUGGAGUCUAUUGAGCUUCCCAUGGAGAACAAAACAAACAAAAGAAGAGGUUUCUGCUUCAUCACAUUCAAAGAGGAAGACCCAGUCAAGACGAUCAUGGAGAAGAAGUACCACAACAUCGGACUAAGCAAAUGUGAAAUAAAGGUGGCGAUGUCUAAGGAGCAGUACCAGCAGCAGCAGUACUGGGGAGGCCGAGGCGGAUACUCGUCCAGGUCUCGAGGUCGAGGCGGCGGUCCCAAUCAGAAUUGGAACCAGGGUUACGGCAACUACUGGAAUCAAGGCUAUGGAAAUUAUGGCUACGGUAAUCAAGGCUACGGAGGAUAUGGUGGCUAUGAUUACUCUGGGUACAACAACUAUUACGGCUAUGGUGACGACAGCAUUGUAGAUCAAUCUGCUGGAUACGGCAAGUCGCCACGACGUGGUGGUCACACCAACAGUUACAAGCCGUAUUAAAUGGGGAAACCCUCAUAUUCAAGUAGCGGAGCUUCCUUGCAGGCCAUGAGCUGACUCCCAGAUACUCUCAGGGCCCGCUCAAUGCGGACCGGGUACGAGAAGCAUACGCUCUCGAAUGCUGCCAUUUGGUAUGGUCUUACAACAUCCUGUAUCAGCAUUUCUAAACUAAACAAUAUGGGACACGUCCAGCUUUGUCAUCUUUCUUUCCAUUUUAAUUUGUUUGCAACUGUAUGUAAUGUAAAACUUAAAUUAUACACAUGUAAUUGUCAUUUUUUACAGGCCCUUACUCCCCCACAAGUAAUGAUUAUAAAUAUGAAAGUAAUAAUAACUUAUUUGCUUUUCAAAGGAUACGUACAGCAUUCUCUGGACUUUCCAGUUCCUUAUUGUUAAUAUAUGCAUUCCUAAUCUUAUCUAAAAUGCUUGUUUCUUUAUUUAGCUCUUGUAGCCAGUAGUCCAUGAGCUAAAACCUGGUUCGUAUUUGGACGCUACUGUGUUGGGGGAUAAAGUGCUUUACUUUUGUGUACAUGUAUUGUUCUGUUUUGUGUUACUGACAGCGAUGGAAAAGACUCCUCUUUUGUUAAUUUUCCUGUAACAAAUUUUCCUCUUAACCUUUUUCGUAAAACAAGAAGAAUCAAAGUGUCACCACACUGCCACAGAAAUUUGCAUGUAAUGCUUUCUUUAAUGUGUACUUUUCAAAUCAAUUGAAGGUUUCUUCUAUUUAAUAUUUUUUUGGCUUUUGACAUUUCACUUCAGGAUUUCUAGCUUUAAUGGACUUUUUAAAACUGUAAAAAUGUUAAAAUAAUUUUGUUUUUUCUUAUCAUUUUUUACAUUGGACAUUAUAAACACGGGGGAUUCCUAUUUUGUUUGUGUUUUUUUUUUCUUUUUUUAACAGAUUUGUGUUCAUCUAUAGCUGAUUUGUGUCUGUUUGUUUUUCGUAGGUGUCAGAGCGAUGAAAGGCUGCUGUCAGCUGGUGGAGCAUUGGCCACAGUGAUGAUGGUAUCCAGCAAAGAUCACUAGCUGAUUGUAAGAACAUAACUGAAGAGCACUACAUUUCCUCUAUACUUAACCGGAGUAUUUGUUGGAUCUUAAAAUUUUGUUGGAUUUUGACGUUUUUUGCAUUCAUUUUAGAUCACAGCAAAGUUUUAGCUUUUUUUUGUUUGUUUGUUUGUUCGUUUGUUUUUUGCGUUUCUCAUCCCUUCCUUGUUUUUUGUAUUUAAUGUUCUCAAAUUGCUGUUUUUGUGAAUUUGCUUCAUUUAUUACAUAACUUGAAAUGUUAGAUUGUUUGGAACAGAGCACAAAUAUAUAUAUGUGUG